AUGGGAGAUAACUGCAGAACUUGCUUAAUUCUUGUCGAUGAAAACAAUGCUAUUUCCGUGAAUCAGUACGCUGAAAAGUUAAGUUCUCGUCGCAUUCAAAUAAGCGAUAUUAUAGAGCAGUGUGUAUCAGAAUUGGAUUUGGAAAUCUCCAACGCUCCGGUAAUAUGCAAUCCUUGUUACGACUCGUUGAUAAACAUCUACACUUUUAAAUUAAAAUGCAUUCGAACCGAGGAGAAGAUUUAUGCUUACAUGGAGGAAAACAAUGUUAGGCUGGGAGAAGGUAAGAUAGACCUGUCGAAAGUAAUGGGAAGUAGAAACUCCGAAGUUGAGGAAACUGUAAUUAUAUCGGAUUCCGAGUCCGUGCAAGAAAUAAGCGGAUGCGAAAAUGAGGAUGCAUCCGUUACCCGAAUAGAUAACGUCGUUAAAAAUUGCUUCGACGUGGGAGAAAGAGACCAACGAACUGAUAAAGAAAGCUCUUCUACGCCUGUCGCUUUUCUGGGUGAAUCGUACUCCUGCGCUAAAUGCCCGUAUAAAACUUACAGAAAGGAUUUGCUAGAGAGACACCUCCAAUACAACUGUAAGCACCCCGGAUGCCAUGCGUGUAUAUAUGAAAGCGCCCGAAAGUGCCAUAUGCCUAGGCACAUGUUCAAGCACAGAUGCAACAAGGCCAAGGGGUAUUUCUGCGGACUUUGCAACAAAUUUAUCACGGAGAAGCGUAAUUUGAGGUUACAUAUUCUGUACAAACAUUCCAGUUUUACGCUACCAUACAAAUGUACAAUAGGAGGUUGCGAUGAUACGUUCGAAAGAAAAUCUGAGUUCAAUAACCACAUCGUCACACACGUUAGUUACAAACCCUUCAUUUGUCAACUGUGUAAGAAAGGGUUUUUUAAUGAAACGCAAUGGGACAAACAUUUGGAAGAGGAUCACAAACUCUGUUAGUUUGGAGGAUAAGAGACUUGAAAUAAUCUUGGAGUUUCCCAAGGAAUUAUUGUUUAUUUCGUUCAAUUACACGAGAAAAAU